AGUAUGAGCAUGAAGAACAGUCCAUUGAUGCUCGCGUGAUGAGCGUGGUGGGCAAAUAUAGAAUCAAAUCGAAAAGUAAAAUAUAUGCAAUCAAUCUUCCAGCACAUCACAUUUCAUCUGCCAUCCUCAACACAUAGCGUGAUGAACGCGGUGUGCGUCAUCUUGCUGCUCUUCCCCGUCCUCCUUUCGGCGGCUGAGGCGUUUGCGAAUGCGCCGCCGGCCAGUGCUAACAUGAUACUUGCCGCAUGCAAGACCGUCGGCGGCGGGAGCACCUACUUCGACGUCACGUUCUGCUUGGGUGCCCUCCGCUCCGCGGGCGGCGCCGGCGACUACCAAGGCCUCGCCGCCGUCGCCUUGGACCUCCUCGCGACCAACGCCACCAGCACGGAGGCCAAGAUCGACCGCCUGCUUGGUAUCAGCGGCGCGGAGGUCAAGGCGGAUGGCGCCGCCCUGGCGCGGUGCCUCCGGUCGUGCCAAUCGAUGUACGGUGGCAUAGUGGACGACGAGCCUGCGUGCACCGCUGCGGUCAAGGGCGGGAGGUUCGGCGAGGCAACAGCGAUCCUGGAGAAGGCCGCGGCCGCGGCGAAGGAAUGCGAGGGCGGGUUCGAGAAGAGCAAAGCGGCUUCGCCUCUGACGACGGAGAACGACAACGCGUUCAAGCUCGCAAAACUCGCCGUUGCGUUGCUCCGUUUUGCGUAAGAGCCCGGAAAGGGACAUUGUUUUUUUUCUCUCUCUCUCUCUUUUCAUUUCUGAAUAUUUUCGUAUAGUCAAAAGAUAGGCGGCGGUCGACUCUCUC